CCCCCCCCCGGGGGGGGGGGGAUCCCGCCCAUCGUCGCUUUACGGCCGCUGUCGCAAACUCCCCGCCCAUUGCGGCGGGCGCCGCGCAGCCGUAAAGCGGAGCCGCCCGCGCCCCCCGCCCGGUACCCGCAGCCCCGCCGGGAGGCGCCGGGGGGCGGGGGGGGGCCGAGGCCGGCCGCGGUCGCUCGCAGCACCAUGGCGCACGUGUGCCACCGGGUGGAUUACCUGGCCGGCUUCUGCUGCCCGGUGGGGGGGCUGGUGGCGGGCAAGCCCCGCGUGCUGUGCCACGAGAACGAGAUCUACCUCUCCAACGGCACCGAGUUCGUCUACGUCUACGACCAGGAGGGGAAGGUGCUCAAGGCCGUGUACAGGUGCCCCGACCAGGUGUGGCACGUGGAGCUGCUGCCCCAGCCCAGGCAGCUCUACAUCCUCUGCGCCCACAGCGGGAUCUACUGCGUGGCCCUGGAGCAGCAGAGCAGGUUAACGGAGCAGACGGACGGCGACGGCCAAGAAAGCGACUGCCCUUCCGGCGUCUUCCCCGUCGACUCGGACGCCUGCAUCUUCCCGGACUCCAGCCUCUGCAUGUUCACGCUGCUCAACACCUUCGUCAUCACCCUGUCCCAGGCCCACGGCAAGUGGUGGAUGAAGCUGCACGAGCUGCCGCGCCCCGAGCAGGAGGAGAGCCCCCCGUACCGGCAGGUCAGCGAGGUGGGCUUCUGCCCCGGCCCCCCGCCCGCAGCCCAGGGGGACGGCCCGCCGUCGCGCUUCCUGCCCGUCCUCUGCUGCGCCUCCUCCCCGGGCACGGCGGGCUCCGGGGAGGGGCCGUGGUGCUCGGGGGGCUUUGUGCUGGAAGAGCCCCUCUUCAGCUUGCUCUUCGGGAUCGACGCGGCCAUGCUGGAGUCGCCGAUGAUCCUCUGCGGCUUCCCGGACGGACAGCUCUGCUCGGUGCCGCUCAAAGCCCUCAGCUCCUCGCCGGCUGCCGACGGCUGCCAUGACGUUUCGAGCCGAGACCCCCCGGUGAAGAUCCUCCACCAUUUGGAGGAGCCCAUCGUCUUCAUCGGCGCCUUGAGAACGGAGCGGAGGGCGGCGGAGGAAGAGGAGGAGGAGGAGGAGGAGGCCGAGGACGAGCCGCUCUUCGGCGCCACCGGCUGUGACUGCGUGGUGGCCGUGGGCCACUACGGCAAGAUGGUGGCCGUCAAGGCGGACCAGCGCCAGGAGGCGACGGUGCCGGAGCUCAGGGAGUACUCCUUGCGCGGGCCCAUCCUCUGCGCCGCCUGCGGCAGCGGCAGCCGCAUGUAUUACAGCACGCACUCGGACAUCUCCGCCGUCGACCUGGACUGGGUCGGCGAGUCCUCUGACCCCGAGGACGCCGAGAGCCCCGCCGGCGUCCUGCCUCCCGUCCUGUCUCCGGCCAGUUUAAGUAUCUGUAGCGUCGUGGCCCUUUCCUUGUCAUCUCGGGCGUCAGAAGGGGAAUCGGAGCUGCUGGCCCUGUCUGCCAAAGGCCGCCUCAUGACCUGCGACUUGUGCAGCCCCGAGGACGCCGACGUGGAGCUGACGCCCGCCGAAAUCGGCCGGAGGAUCAAGGAGCUGCUGUCCGGGAUAGGCAACACCUCGGAGAGAGUUUCCUUCCUGAAGAAGGCGGUGGACCAGAAGAACCGAGCUCUGGCCAGCCUGAACCAGGUGAUGAACGUGAGCGCGGCUUUGCUGUCCAGCCAAGAAGGCCAGAAGCCCAUUGCUUGCACUGUCACUGCCAACUGGAGCUGCCUCCUGCUCCGAGAUACCGUAACCAUCUCCUGCCUGCUGGAGAACUGCAGCGAGUACAGCCUGGAGCAGGGCUGGACCCUGUGCGUUCAGCUCCUGGCCAGCCCCUGUGCCUUAGAGGAGGAGUCCGCGGAUUCAGCCACCACCUUCACCUUCCCCAUCGACCAGCUCCUCCCGGGGAACAAGAGGGAGCUGACGCUGCCCCUCGGCUCUGCCGCGGACGCCAAGCUGGACCUGCCUCUGACCAUCUCCUGUGCCCUCUACUACAGUUUGCGGGACAUCCUGGGCAGCGGCUCCGACUCCUCCGAGGCCCUGGACGACCUCCUCCCCGACGACUCGCCCAUCCUGUCCCCGGACAGAGAGGGGAUCUGCCUGCCCCUCAGCGAAUGCACCAUUGACAUGCUCCAGUGCCUGCGUUUCGAGAGCAGCCCCGCCGGGCCAGACGCCUCCCCCCCAGCGGCUGCGCUCCCCGCGCCCCCAGACCCCGUGGAGACCUUCCUGAAAGCCUCCGGGGAGCAGACUGAGCCCGGCGAGCCGAAAGCCGCGGCAGAGGGGAGCCUGCCGCCCUCGGCGGCCUCCAUCAGGGUGUCCUCGGAGCUGCUGAAAGCCGCGCUGAAAACCUCCAGCUCAGGUGGCCAUGAACGACCUGAGCCCGGCGGGCCCCAUCCAGGCGGUGGAGAUCUUCAUGGAGAGCCCGUCGCUGGCCGACAUGUGCAGGAUGCACCACGCCAUCAUCCGGCGCAUCCAGGCGCUGGUGCUGGAGCAGGCGGCGCAGGGCUCGGGACCCCCCGACCUCCGCAUGCAGUACCUGCGCCAGAUCCAGGCCAACCACGAGAUGCUGCUGAAGGAGGCGCAGUCCCUGCGCGCCCGGCUGCCCCUCGGCGAGGAGGGCGCGGUGACGGCGGAGAAGCUCCUGCACGUCUACAGGCAGCUGCGCAACCCCAGCCUCGUUCUCCUGUGAGCAGCGGGGCACCCAGAGCACCCCCGGACUUCCCCCGCCCCCCCCCCCCCCCCCCCCCCCCCCCCGGGGACAGGAGGGGAGCCCCCAAAGUGUGUGUUUUGGGGGGGAAGCAGCAGCCCCCGGUGGGACGGCCAGGCAGGGCGGUGCGCGGGCGGUUUGUGUGUGCGCGCGUUUCGUGGUCGUGUCGCGGGCAGCGCCGAGGGCGCGGGGCUGCGGCGUGGCUCCCCCCACCCACCCACCCCCCCCAGGGGUCGGGGCCGCCCGGCGGCAGAGCGGGGGCUUCUGGGCUGGCCCGGCCCGGCCCUGCCGCCCCCUCCCCUCCCCUCCAAACCCCCACCCCCCCCACCCCCGGGGCCGGUGCUGUCUCUUGUGGGGUCGUUCUAGCCGUGGUAGUUUUAGCGCUCUCCCGGCGGCUGCGCCGGCUGUGGGCUGUGCCCCCCCCACCCCCCCACCCCCCACCCGCGGCGCCUUUGCCUUUCGGGAGCAAGGACAAACAGGGUGCUGCGCCAGGGUGCCCGGCGAGCGCCCGUCCCGGGGGAGCCCCCGUUUUCUGCUGGGCAGGGGAGGGGGAGGGGGAGGGGGGGGGCGGUGUUUCCGCUCCCCCGUCGUUUCUAUAAAUGAUCUCGUCUCUCUGCGGUGGUGCAGCGUGUUUUGGCCCAGGCCUUCCCCGCGCUGCCCCGGUGUCUGUAAAUCUGUCGUCUGCCAUGAAAACGAUCGUGCCGCUCA